GCUGCAGGAGAGUGAAGCUGAAGUCUUCUUAUUUCUUCAAUGCCUCUCUCUCCAUCUGCGUAAAACCGAAGCUGAAACGAUGGAAGAAGAUUUCGAUCUGGAGAACCCUCUCAUCCAAUCACAGCCGUCCGAUUCAAUCCCAUCCCUUAUCUUCGCCUCUGAAUCCUACCACACCCCCUCCCAAGCCUACUCCCUCGCCUUCAAAGCCAGCCCCGCCAACGCCUCCCUCCGUCGCGACGUACUCUCCUCGAUCUUCCUCCGUCAGUCGCAGCUCUCCUGCGAUCCGUUCGUCGCGUACCUCGCUGUAAAUUACCUCGAUCGCUUCUUGUCCGUACAAGGGCUGCCGAAAGCGAAGCCAUGGGUUGUAAAGCUGCUUUCUAUUUCCUGCAUUUCUCUCGCUCUGAAGAUGAAGAAAAUCGCGUUUUCUGUAACUGAUUUUCAGGGCGAGGAAGGGUUCAUCUUCGAUACGGGGACGAUCCGUCGAAUGGAGCUUCUGAUACUCAGCGCUCUGCAAUGGCGGAUGAGAUCGAUAACGCCAUUCGCUUUUCUGGGAUUCUUUCUCUCCUUCUUCGAGCGCAACGAUCCGCCAUUGAAGGAAGCUCUCAAAGCUCGAGCUGUUGAGAUCGUUUUCAAAGCUCAAAACGAAAUCAAGAUCUUGGAGUAUAAACCGUCGAUAAUCGCAGCAUCGGCGCUGUUAUCUGCUUCUCACGAGCUUUCUCCUCUGCAAUUUCCAUCCUUUCGGAAGGCGAUUUCUUCUUCUGUGUAUAUUAAUAAAGAAAAGUUGUUGGAUUGCUACAAUUUGAUGCAGGACAUGGUGAUGGACGGCUACGGAUUGAUCUUGUUUGAUGGUGUUUCCAGCACGGACACGCCCGUCAAUGUCCUCGACUGCCAUUGCUUGAGCUCGGAAAGCGAAAAGACUAGCAACAGCAGUAGCAGCGGCAAGAGGCGAAAGAUCGGAGAUUUCGAAACGUUUCAUCAGAUUUCGCAGAUUCAGCACUGCUGAGGGAGAAAAUCAAAGAAGAAAAUAAAAACCCAAAAUCCAAAAACCCCAAAAAAAAACAAAAGAAAAAAAGAAGAGAAAAUGUUUUUUUUUUUUUCGUUUUUUGGAGGGAGCGAAGGGAAGAAGAGAAAGACAAAAGAGGGCUUUGAAGGAUGGAAGGAGGGAAGGAGUUGAAUUUUUCUAUUCCUGUUUUGGGUGAGUUUGAUUUUGUGUCAGAAAUAAAUAAAAAUAAAAAAGAACGGUUUUCGGAAAAA